GAAGCUCAUCGACAUGGCCUGCAAGCUGAUCGUCCUCGCCGCCCUCGUGGCUGUGGCCCGCGCCGGCUACCUGGGUGCCCCUGCAGUCUACGCCCCCGGCGCCCCCAUCGCCGCCCGCGCCUACGCCGCCCCCGUGGCGUACGCCGCCCCCGCCGUGAGAGCCGCCCCCGUCGCCGUCGCCGCCCCCGCCGCUGUGGCCGCCGCCGAGUACGACCCCCACCCUCAGUACAACUACGCUUACAGCGUGCAGGACGCCCUCACCGGUGACUCCAAGAACCAGCAAGAGAUCCGCGAUGGUGACGUCGUCCAGGGCAGCUACAGUCUGGUCGAGCCCGACGGUUCCAUCCGCACCGUCGACUACACCGCCGACCCCGUCAACGGCUUCAACGCCGUCGUGCACAGGGAGGCCGCCGCCCACCCCGCCCCCGUCGUCGCCAAGGUGGCCGCCCCCGUCGCCUACGCCGCCCCCGCCAUCGCCAAGGUGGCCGCCCCCCUCGCUUACGGAAAGGCAAUUAUUGGUUAAACGAAGCAAUACACUAAUCUCACAAAGAGUUGUCAACACUGGUCGAAAUUGUAAAUAUUACUUUCUCUGUACUUGAA